UUUCUUAACGACUCGAGCCAGCGAGCAUUAAACCAGUAUAUUUUAGCAAUUCUGUUUAUUUCGUGGCCCCGAUAAUAAUACAGAAUUCGUUGGGUAAUUUUGAGCAACAGGUAACAAGAUCUUCGGCAAAUAGUUUCAAACUUGAAAAACACAGCACCAAACCAUUCCUCAUGAAUGAAACAAGAGUUUAUUUACUAUUCUAUGAUACAAUACUAACACAAAACAUACACACACACACACAUACACAUGUUAACUGUUAUGACUCUAUAAAUAAUAUAUGAAGAUUUUGUGGCUCAGGUUUAUUUCUUUGCUCUUGGCUGACAUGUGGCAUUGCUAUGGCCUGCUUGUGGCCCAGAUCUGGCAAACAGGAGCGGUCCACCUAAGUGCCAUCAUUCCACGCUACAUGUGGGCCAGAUCAUCAUUCCACAUGUGCCAGAUGUGGGCCGUAUCUGGGCCGAAAAUAUGAUGCUAUCUGGGUGUAUUGUUGUAAUGGGCCAUCAGCAGAAAAAGAAAAGAGAAGGAAAAAAAAAAUAAAACAGCCAACGGAUGUAGAGUAGGAUAUGGAUUGGUUUGCAAAAGGGAAGAGAAAGGCCAUAGAAGUUGCACAGACCCAGGCAGGUCUUUCAAAUCUAAAUGCAGAAAAUAUGACAAAGCAUAUCUUGCUCUUGGCUUCACUGUUAAUGUCGUUACACUACUGUAUUUUAAUGUUGGUCAUUAUGGUGGUACCUGGAGAGCCAAAUGUUUUCUGAGGUGGUACUUGGCAUAAAAAGUUUGAUAACCAUUGCCUUAGAGCAAAUAUGUUAAAACAAACAUCUUUGUGAUAAUGCAGUGACCAAUGUGAAUCUUUUUACACACAAUCUAUUUUCACUCUUGUUAACAGAUAUUGUCAAGGACUGAGAUUACGUCAGGUGGAUAUGAUCCAGGACGGCAUAGCCGGAAGCUCAGCAACACUGAGCAAAAUGACAAAGAAGCUAAGAAUGGUCUGUAAAAAAGCUUUGAGAAAGUACAAGAGAAAGACAGGACAGUUUGUGGGGGGCAGGACAGAGUUUGUCAUUAUUGAUGAAAGCAACUUCCGUCACAAAAGAAAGUAUGGACGAGGAAGAGUUGGCGAAACAUGGAGAAGAAAAAAGUGGGUCUUUGGUAUCUUGGCCAUUAAGGGUGAUCGAAGACGACCAAUUUUGCGGCUUGUUGAACAGCGCUCAAGAAAUCACCUGAUUCCAGUAAUCUCAAGACAUGUUCGCCAGGGAUCAACCAUUUUGAGUGACGAAUGGAGACCCUACAAGAGAGCUCUAACCACACUUGGCUACACUCACUACACUGUGAAUCAUAGCAGGUGGUUUGUUGACCCAGUUCAUGGAGGCCACACCCAGAAUAUAGAACGAGCAUGGUCAACAUAUAAAAACCAGGUCUGGAGGUUGAGAGGCAAUAGGACAGAAAAGCUGUUGAAGGAACACUUGGAAUGCAUUGAGUGGACAUACUGGCUUGGACACAACCACCGUGAAGGUCCUCUAGGACGUUUGUUAAAAGAUAUUAAAAGACAAUACAGAGUUUAAUAUUUUGGAGUAUGCUCAUGAAUAAAUUGCUAGUACCUGUGUGAGUGAGCAUUUGUGUGCUAGAUAUUACUGUGGCUCAGUUUCUUAUCUGUUUCAUCACUGUGUGAAAUUUAAUUUUAGAAUGUUAUAUUUUUCACAGUGCUUUAUUCUUGCACACCCAGUUGUGCAUUUUUGCAUUGUGCAGUGUUUUCUUCUAUUUAAAUGUUUCAGUGCUUAUA